CAAUGCAACUCAUAAGAUCUGAAAUUUUCUGUUACCAAAAAAUUAAAAAGGAAAAUUUCCUCUUUUGGCUGGAUCGACCCUUGAAGGCACACCUUUACCUUUUAACAUAAGGUGAUCAAAUUCCUCUUAUCGAUGUCCAAUUUCUACCCAAACAACAAACGAUAUCCAAUUCCCUAUAGAAUCGAUCAGAACUAGCGAAUCUUUUUAUUGAACAAGCUGAAUUGCACUUCUUCACAAAUUUCCCUCUGCAGAUUCCGCCAUGGAUUUCAUGAAGGUUAUUGACCAAACUAUCCGAGGAAUAAAGAGGGAGGUGAAUUUGAAAAUCCUAAAAGUUGCUGAGAUCGAACAGAAGGUUCUAGAUGCAACAAGUGAUGAACCUUGGGGCCCUCAUGGAUCUGUUCUGGCAGAGAUAGCACAGGCCACCAAAAAAUUCACUGAAUGCCAGAUGAUUAUGAAUGUUUUAUGGACAAGAUUAUCUGAUACUGGUCGAAACUGGCGUCAUGUCUACAAGGCAUUGGCAGUUAUUGAGUAUUUGGUGGCACAUGGGUCUGAACGUGCACUUGAUGACAUAAUUGAACAUACCUUUCAAAUUGCAUCUCUCUCAGGUUUUGAAUAUGUUGAGCCUAAUGGUAAAGAUAUGGGAAUCAAUGUAAGAAAGAGGUCUGAAACCAUUGUGACUCUUUUGAAUGACAAGGAUAAAAUACAAGGAGUUAGAAAUAAAGCUGCUGCAAAUCGUGAUAAGUAUUUUGGACUUUCAUCAUCUGGAAUAACAUACAAGUCAAGUUCAACCUCAUAUGAUAGUAGCAGCUUCAAUCAUAAUGACCGAUAUGGAGGUCCAAGUAACAGAAAAGAAGGGGAAAUGUCCAAGGAUACUUAUAGAGAUAAAGAGCGACUAGAGAAAGAGUAUGGCAAGGGUAGUCACGAUAAGCCGCAUAGUGGCAUUGCCAAUGAUGAUAAAGGAACCAAUAUGAAGAAGGGAACUUCUUGCUAUGGCAGUAAGGGCCAAGAUGCUCCACCACCCAGUAAUUCAAGCUCAGAUUCAAAGUUAAGCCAUUCUGAUGAUAACUAUGGUCCUCUUCCCUCCCAAAGUUCAAAUGCACCUCUGAGUUAUCCUGAUGAUGAUUUUGAUGACUUUGAUCCCCGGGGAACCUCCACCACUGGGUUAGCUGCUACAAGUGUUAAGCAGGUGGAUUUGUUUGGUGAAAAUUUAAUUGACCUCAUGGAUACACCAACAUCUGGUCCAACCGAAACAGGUACUGUGAAUAACAAUGCCACAGAAGAGGUUGAUUUGUUUUCAAAUGCAACUUUUGUGUCAGCCACACCUCAUGUAGAAGCAGGGGCAGUCCCUCAGUUUCAGGCCAACUUUGAUCCAUUUCCUUCUCAGCCUUCCUUUUCUUCUGCAUUUUCUUCAACAGUAGACCUUUUUUCUGCUCCUGGUCCAGAUUCACAGAUGGAAAGCAGGACUCUACAAUCUGAACCAGAGAACUCCAACAGUAUUGAUCCAUUUGCUGCAAUGCCCCUAAACAGUUUUGAUGGAUCCAAUCUCUCUGGUGAAUUCACUUUUCAUUCUGCUCAACUCUCUACUGAGUCAACAAUAAACUCUGCUAAUGAUGGAGACCUUAAUAAGCUUAACCAAGACCAAGAGCCACCAAUAGAAUCCAAGCCUCCACCCAAGAAGGAUACUUUUCAGGUCAAGUCUGAAAUUUGGGCAGAUUCCCUGAGCCGUGGACUGAUUGACCUGAAUAUUUCUGCUCCCAAAAUGGUAUCUCUAGCGGAGGUUGGAAUUGUGGGAGACCUCAGUGAUGGAUUGGAUGAGAAGGAAAAGGGAUCACCAACUUCAGCUUACAUGGGAAAAGCCAUGGGGGUGGGGUCAGGUCUGGGUAUAUCUGGGUUUACUUCGACAGGAACAGCUGGAAAUGACAUCUUUUCAUCACUCGACCAACAACAGUUUGGUAGCUUCAAGUAAUGAGUUUCUUCUUUCCUUGAUUUCUUUGCAUUGCCUUAAAUAUUCUUCAAGCAUUUGCUCAAGGUGUCCAGGUAUUGGUUCCUUGACGCGCUCCAUAAGUCCAUAUUAUUCUUUAGUUUACUGUAUGAUGAUAUUAUUCUUUUCAUGUUAGGUUGCAUCUGGGAGAGCUAUUUUCUCCCUAACACUCCAUUUGUAACUGUUAAGUGUUAACUGGAUCCAGAGCAAACCUUUUCAUAAGGAAUGUGAUGCUGGCCGGAAAAUUGUUGGCGAAAGAAAGCUAAAAAUGGGUUU